UAUGGGUUGGUAACCGAUAGAAAACGCGGAGACACAAACUCGCUCGUCUCCGCUCCGUCGGUGAGAAGAAGCGCCCUUUUACCAAUGGCAACCACGGCGGACGACCAGUGGGAACCCGCGCUCCACGGCUGCCACCACCACAACAACAAUAAUAACAACAAUAACAAAGAUAACGAAGCGGGGGAGACGGCGACCUGUCCUCCGGCCAGCUCGACCGAACCCGGCGGGAAGACGUCGCAUAGCGUUGGUAACGGCUCGGUCAUCAACUCCGGCGGUGGAAAUAAUGGAAAGUGGGUUCGCCUGAACGUCGGCGGCACCGUGUUCCUGACGACGAGGCAAACGCUCCUAAAAGAACAAACUUCGUUCCUGUACCGGCUGUGCCAGCAGCAAGACCUGCACUCGGACACGGAUGAGACAGGAGCUUAUGUGAUUGACAGAGACCCCACGUACUUUGGACCCAUUCUCAACUACCUGCGACACGGCAAACUGGUCUACAACAAGGAACUAGCUGAAGAAGGUGUGCUAGAGGAGGCUGAGUUCUACAACAUCACCCCUCUUAUUAAAAUCAUCAAGGAGCGGAUCGUAGAGAGGGACUCCAAGUCUACGCAGCAGGUUCCCCCCAAGCACGUCUAUCGAGUGUUGCAGUGCCAGGAGGAAGAGCUGACCCAGAUGGUCUCCACGAUGUCCGACGGCUGGAAGUUUGAGCAGGUCAGCGUGCGCACCUGCAGAAAGCCCCGCACUGGACUGCUCUGGACUAUGGUGAACAUUGGCUCGUCGUACAGCUACGGAACAGAGGAUCAGGCUGAGUUUCUGUGUGUUGUUUCCAAGGAGCUUCACACGCCUGGUUCUGGGCUUGGUACAGAGCAGAGCCACAAGACGAAGCCAACGGAGACGCAGGAGAAGGAAGCAGCAAAGGAGGAGGAGGCAGAGGGAGGGAGAGAAACCACACCAAAUGAGUGGCUUAGAGAAUGAGGGAGUCAUUUUCCUUGGUUCCAAAGCGAGUCGGUGAAAGGCUUUUCCAGAUCCACGGCUCCCGGAUGUAGACAUGACAAGAACCUCAAUUAUUUAUUUAGGCUCAAAACAACAUCCUGUACAUGGAAUGUGUGUGUAUCUGGUAUCCAACAGAAAGCUGCUGGAAAUAGAUUUGUAGCAUUUUUAAUCAUUUUAUUGAAAAACUUAAAAAAAGAUGAACCGAAUCAAAACAUAUUUAGUUGAGUACAGCAAUACUCUCAAAAAUAUUUUCCAAGGAUUUUACAAAUAGGACCUGCUUGUGUGGUGCAAGAAGGGAAGUGGCACUAAGUACAUUUAUGACCAAACUCCACCUGACCAAGCCCAGAAUAUGAUGGAAAUGUACUGAAUUCCUGGUGUUGUUGCCAUGGAAGCAUUCAUAGAAUUAACAUCCAAAUGUUGCAUUUUCUGAUGGUCAUUAUUCCUGUAGUCUUUCUAGUAUUACAUCAGGUAGCUACGAAUACAAAACAACAAAAGAGAAGGCCUCAAAUUGGUGUUAGAAUGGGUCAGUGCCAUUAAUUAUCAGUUCUUGAUUGGAAAUGUAUCAUGUAGGCCCUAGGGGAAACUGGACCUUACUUUAACAAGUUAUCCAAUGUAGGAGUUGAAGGCACAAUCAUGGUUCAGUUUGAUUACUGUAUUUCCUCAAAUAUUGGUCUCCACUCUUGACACCGUUUUUGUAGAUGGCGCAUCUGCGGCGGCUUGCAGGGCUCACUGCACGCGUUUACCAAAAAUUACCCCAAAAUGAAAUGUCCAAAACCCCGUCUAACCAGCCUUUUUGCCACCUGCCACGCCAGAUUUAUGCCGGUCACAAAAAUAGAGCCCCAUAUCGCCACUGCGCCUCACCUCUCCUUUUUGUCCUCAGGAUAAAAAGCAACAGAAGUUGCUAGUAAACCUUUAAAUAGCUGUAAAGUUCCGUUUGGUUCAUGACCCUUUGAUUUGGUUGGUGUUUUGACUGAAGGUGUUUAGGCCGGACACCAAUAGCUGCAAGAAAACUGGAAUAGAGUAGUGUAGCUACACAAAGAAACAUUUUAAUAAAACCAAUUUUAAAAUACAUUUUUGUAAUACACAUAAGUAAUCUUCUGACAAACAAAUGCAUGAUAAUUUUUUUUAUGUGAAAAACAUUUCACUUAAAAAUAUUAAAGUACACAUGAUGCGCUGCAUUGCUUGUAGGAGCCUAGGAUAAACCUCGACACAAAUGAAAAUUACUCAUAUGAGGCAAUUGCACUGUAACACAAAAGUAACAAAUUUCCAUUGACCCAUCAAAGAACAGAAGCAUAUCUAAGUCUGCCCUUUAAAAAAACAUUUGUACACAAAGGUCUUCUUAGCCACCUGGUACUGUGCAGUUAUGUAUGUAAAUACACACAGCCUCUCUUUGAAGAAAUACAUUAUUUUCCGCUAUAGAAAAAAUAUGCUUGUAGUAAUUUCCAGGUGAAUUUUUGCUGUAAAAGCGUGGUGUUUUGGUGACACAUUUUUCAGAUGAAUAUGAAAUGCCACCCAAUAUAAUUAACAUUUGUCUCCUCCCACCGGGAUUGUCUCCUUUCAAGACAUCUGCAGCCAUCUUGAGGGCUGCGGCUAACGUGUGAGCCUUGUGACAAUGGCAGAUGUGAUGGAACACAUACAGGCAGUUGUUGUCGUUGUUUUCCCUAAAAAAAGAAAAUCACACUUAAAAUAAGUUUACCAUCUCUUGCUGCACCCAUACACUUGAUCAUAAUAAUACAGUAGGUUGCAGGAGAAUGCAAACUGCUGUGAUUGGCUGGUGACCAGUCCGGAGUGUCGUCUGCCUUUCCCCCAAAAUCAGAUGGGAUAAACUCCAGCUCACUUGUCAUCUUAAUGAGGACAAAUGCAAUUGAAAAUGGAUGGCUAUAGGUGUGUGUACCUAAGGUCGUGUCUGGAAGGUGCUCAGGGUGUUAUCCACUGUGGCCAGAUGCAAGUAUUCUGGGGGAUCCACUUCUGUUUCUGGUUCCUUGUCCUCACCCGUACUCUGACUGAGAAAUGGCCUCUUUCGGCGCAUGGACCCUCGGGAACGCUGCUGCAGACAUGCCAAGAUCAUGUGGGCGAGGUCCUGCUGGAGCCGUUGGAAGUUCUCCCUGGAAAAUAAGAAAACCUAGGUCUGUGAAUGCCUCGCAAAUGUUCUUCUGGAGAACACAACGGACAAUACCCACAGACGCACGUCUUGGCAGAAGAUUCUAGCUGCAAAGCGAGAACCAGCUCCAUAUUUGUUUCCAUUUUCACGUCUUGUCUUCCAGGUCCAUGAAGUAAGUCUUCCUUUUCUUCUUUUUACAUUCUGUCAUCAUCUCUCUCAUGACAUUCGUCUUCCCUUUGUUAAUUGCCUCUCCAAACCCUAACCCUCUGGCCACUGAAAAGUACGUGUCCGUCAUAGGCCUCUGCUACGAUAGCCCUUUCGUUUUCACGCUUAAAAGUACAGUAGCGCUCAUCACGUGAUGAGUUGAACUCCCUUGGCAGAUAACCGUUUGCGUGACUAGCUGUAACAUGAAGGCACAACUCAUAUUAAAUGUUCGAUGUGGAGUUCAUAAAACAACAGUGGGGCCCAAUGUCGACUUAAUAUGAAUAAAGCGAUAGACUACACUGGUAUUGUCAACACUUCCUUGCUCCGUGCCGUGCAAUAUAGGGGCUCCUUGGUUCGCGAGGUUCCGAAUGGCGCGCAACAUAAGAAUACGUCAUCGCGCAGCAGAAGAAAGCCCCCCUCACUUACUCAGUUCAGCUUUUAAAGGUCCAAAAAAGGAGAUCAUCUGAUGGUGCCAGAUCGGGUACGCCUGGGGGAUGGGUCGUGGUUGUCCAGCCAAAGGAACCGAGGACUUCGUCAGCCCCUUCGCUUGUCACGGAGGUCACGCGAAGCGGGCGUUUGAUCUUCGCCCAUGAUCCCGGACACCCACUUUCUGACCGUUCUGUCUUUUUGACUGCCCCCGUAAAAUGGGCAAUAAAUGUCUAGGGUUACCUGCACAAUCUAAUAAUAGCCAACCUAGCGACAUUUCCACCUUAAAUGUGCUCAAUUGUCUUUAUUAUUUAGCUACACCAGCGGGUCAAAAUAUUAGAAACACCUCUCUGCUCGGCUGCGAACUACAAUCACGAUAAUAAACAUUGUUAAAUGAAUGCCUCUUUGUGUGAAAACUGAGUAUUGCUAUCUUUGUAAAGGCAGAAUUGCCAUUCGAUUGCGCAGGUGGGCCUAAUGCAUCCUCUCGAACUGAUUGAUUUUUCCCGUUUGCAUGUCUGCUCCCUCAGGCGACGUUGGGUCAGAUCUGUUCGAAAUGACGUUGAGCCUUCGCCCCUUACUCAAUCAAAGUUUUGGCUUCAUCUAAUGCGCAAGCAAUGUUUCAACCAAAUCAAACAUUUGGGCUACGUUCAAAUCUUUUAGUGCCUUUACAUCUAACCUUCCUUCUGUUUCCACCAUCGCUCCCUUCACCUCUCGUCGUCAUCAUCCUCCUGUCACAAAAUAUCCACCUUUUUAAAUGCAACCCUUGCCCAAGAGCCUCAGCAGCGGGGAAACCAGGACAUCCCGGAAUCUAGGAGCCGAUGAUCUGACCCGACCAAGUCUCGUGCUUGCUUCCCGGCUUCAGGUGCGUGAUCACCACCUCCACCGCCUGGAUCUUCUGCAUCUUGGGGGGAAUGGGGCACACCCUGUACGUCACCUCGUCGCCUUCCAUCGGCACGUACUCGCCCUCAAUGCUAUCGAGGAGGGCAGAAUCGACAUGUUCAAUUACGUCGUCAAAUUACGUCAUAUAUGAACAGAGAGAGAUGCACGCUUUAUUGUUAAUAAUCUACAAUUAAAACAGCUCUCUUGUCCCGAAGUGAACUAAAUUGUGAGUACAGUAGAAAAGAUAUGGAAAAAGUAACUUUUGACGUGGAUGGAUGAACAAUGGUCACCCUAUGUACACCAUGUGGAAUGACCAGGUGUCCCAAUACUUGUGUGUGUACGGUAAACCUUUGAUAUCAGAAUCAGAAUCCACAAAGUGGUGACCAAAUGUUUAUUUGAUUAUUCCUAUUGUAUAUAUUUUCAAGCUUCGUGCAUAUAAUACCAAAAUAUAUGCAUGUGAGGCGCAGGUAGUACAAAUGUAUGUUUGUCUGCUUGGGGUCGCCAUCCUCAUGUUGUGCAGUACCGUAGUAUGUAAACUACCUGUGACCGAAUGUGUGCGGCUGUAAAAGGCGGGGCCCGGCCCGUUGUGUGACGUGGGACUCAGUGAAUCAGAGUGUAGAGUUGGCUAACAGGUUAGCCAACUAUAUCUGCGCGUUGAGUGACACAGCUUCAGAUGCGGCAAACGGCAGGUCCCGUGUGAAUAUGUGCUUGUAUUUAUUUUCUUAGUGCUUGUUCAAUAAAACCACUGAAAGGUCA